CCAGGUUCAAUGUAACGCACUGUGAAAUAUAUUCCCCAAAGCUAUCAUUUUUUAUACUUUACUAAAUUGCCGCCAUUACCGCCGUCUACUCCGCCUCUGAGAAGAAUGGCUUCUGAUGGAUUCCGGCCCCUGGACGAAAAAUCGGUGGCGGAGUACAUAAAAUCGACUCCGUCUCUGACUUCAAUACUAGUAGGAAAUGAACCACAUCAGCUCGAUAAACUGGAAAUUAGAGAAGUCGGUGAUGGAAAUCUUAACUUUGUUUACGUUGUUAUCGGUCCUUCUGGUUCUCUUGUCAUCAAACAGGUACCUAAUUUUCCUUCCUUCAGUGAGUUUGCUUAAAAACGCUAUCGUUUUGGUUUAUUCUUUUCUCUGCAAUGAAAAUCUGUUUAUGCCCCUGUGUAGACUGAUAAGUGAUAAGAUAGACCGAUUACCUGAGUUAUCGCCUUGAUCGAUCGUUCUAAUGUCCAGCUCUUUGAUGUUGAUUACUUAAAGAGCCAUCCCAUAUGUAAGAUGUAUUGGCGAGUCCUGGCCAAUGUCAAAGGAACGUGCUUAUUUUGAGGUGACAACUUUAAAAGAGCAUGGACGCUUAUGCCCUGAACAUACUCCUGAAGUUUACCAUUUUGACCGAACCAUGUGUUUAAUUGGCAUGCGCUACAUUGAACCGCCUCAUAUAAUCUUAAGGAAAGGACUGAUUGCAGGGAUUGAGUAUCCAUUGCUUGCUGAGCAUAUAUCAGACUACAUGUCUAAGACACUUUUUUUCACUUCCUUGAUUUAUCUUACAACUACCGACCACAAACGUGCAGUUGCAGAAUUUUGUGGAAAUGUGGAAAUGUGUAGACUCACAGAACAGGUGAUCUUCUCUGAUCCAUACAAAGUUUCACAAUAUAACCGCUGGACAACUCCAUAUCUAGAUGCUGAUGCAGAGGCAGUGCGAAAUGAUAAUAUUUUGAAGCUUGAAAUUGCAGAGCUAAAGUCAAAGUUUUGUGAAAGAACACAAGCUCUUAUACACGGCGAUUUCCAUACAGGUUCUGUCAUGGUUACUCCCGAGUCAACUCAAGUCAUUGAUCCUGAAUUUUCAUUUUAUGCCCCAAUGGGAUUUGAUAUUGGAGCAUUUAUUGGGAACUUAGUUUUGUCUUACUAUGCUCAAGAUGGACAUGCAAAUCAGGGUAAUGACCGCGAGUUAUAUAAAGAAUGGAUUUUGAAGACAAUAGCAGAUACUUGGAGCCUCUUCCACAAAAAGUUCAUUGCUUUAUGGGAUGAACAGAAGGAUGGGCCCGGUGAGGCGUAUCUUUCUGAUAUAUAUAACAAUUCUGAGGUUCAGAAUCUGGUUAGAGAGAAGUAUAUGAAAGAUGUAUUUCAUGACACCCUUGGAUUCGGCGCUGCCAAGAUGAUAAGGAGAAUUGUUGGUGUAGCUCAUGUUGAGGAUUUUGAAUCAAUUUCCGAUAUUGGGAAACGAGCUAAAUGUGAAAGGCAAGCUCUGAACUUUGCAAAAUUGCUUUUGAAAGAACGGCGCAAUUUCGAGAGCAUUGAAGCAGUUGUUUCCACCAUUAAACAUCAUAACACUUGGUGAAGUUAUGAUAAAGAGGCUGUUGCUCUGUGACACUUGUAAUUUCUCGCGGUUGAGCGUCUUUAAACACAAAAUAACAGCAGUGAUCGUCGAUUAACCGAUUAACCGUGCAUUGUUAAUUGUUUUGAAAAAAUUGAAUUUCCUAUUCUCUUUUGCAUGCAUACAAUAUUGUAACAGGUCUCACCUUUGUACAAAUUGUACUACAAUUUACAUUGUGCCAAUAUAUAGCUUGCCUUGAUGAAUGCAUG